CAGCCUCGACCCACGGGCAGAGCCAUAGCAGAGUUCUGUACUCAGAUUUAUCAACGAUGCUGGUUAGUAUUCAAGAAAGCUUCAAGCAAGGGUCCAAAAAGAUUGGAGAAGUUUUCUGAUGAACGUGCUGCGUAUUUUAGGUGUUACCAUAAGGUUACGGAACUGAACAAUGUGAAGAACGUAGCUCGGUUGCCAAAAAGCACCAAGAAACACGCCAUAGGGAUUUACUUCAACGACGAUACCUCCAAGACUUUUGCUUGCGAGUCAGAUCUUGAGGCAGAUGAGUGGUGUAAAGUCCUGCAGAUGGAAUGUGUAGGGACACGGAUCAAUGAUAUCAGCCUCGGAGAGCCUGACCUACUAGCUACCGGCGUGGAGAGAGAACAGAGUGAGAGAUUCAAUGUGUAUUUGAUGCCAUCUCCUAACCUCGAUGUGCAUGGCGAAUGUGCCUUGCAGAUUACGUACGAGUGUAUCUGUCUUUGGGAUCUCCAGAAUCCCAGAGUCAAGCUCAUCUCCUGGCCGCUGAGCGCCCUGCGGCGGUACGGAAGAGACACCACAUGGUUCACCUUCGAGGCGGGGAGGAUGUGUGAGACUGGCGAAGGGCUGUUCAUCUUUCAGACGCGAGACGGGGAGGCUAUCUAUCAGAAAGUCCACUCCGCCGCUUUGGCCAUCGCGGAACAGCACGAGCAUUUGCUACAGAGCGUGAAAAAUUCAAUGCUCCAGAUGAAGCUGAGUGACCGGGCCGCCUCGCUGAGCACCAUGGUGCCCCUGCCGCGCAGCGCCUACUGGGAGCACAUCACGCGGCAGCACAGCACCGGGCAGCUGUACCGCCUGCAAGAUGUCACCAGCCCGCUGAAGCUUCAUCGAACAGAGACUUUUCCUGCCUACCGGUCCGAGCACUGACAGUAAACUGCCAAGAUCCUUAGCGCUCUUGUGAUGCGUCCACCACAAACCCACGCGGGAGGCCACAGAAUGGCAGCAAGGAAAGCCACGGGGAAGGGAAAGAGCUCACGGAGUCCUGGCCCAUUGUGUGGUCACUGGGAAUCUGCAAUACAAUAUAUACAUUUUUCCUUCCCCCGCCUUUUUUUUUUUUAAUUUAAGUAAGUCUUAGCCUAUAGGCACUGACAUCCUUUUUUCCCUUUUACAGCUGGAUAGAAAGGAGUCAAUGCCAUAAAAUGAUUUUCUAUUGUAGAUUCUGUCUCCCCUGUGCUUCUCUGAAUCUGUCCUUUGGUGGGUUUGUGUGAUUUUUCCUUUUCAGUGUCUCAAUUGUAUGACAGUCAGUAUUAACAAUAA